CUGUAGGCGCGCCUUCAGAUCCAUUAAAAUGACCGCCUCGUCACUUUAUUCCCUCUUUUUAGACUGACGGGAUCUCCCUUCCGCCGAACAGAAGAAGACGACGAAGAAGAAGAAGCAGCAGCAGCAGAACCGAACUGAAGAGAAUCCAGCACUUCCGCGAGUCAGCUGAGUCAUCAGCUCUCCGCGCCGGCCUAUCCAUCGCUUCGCCCGACGGAAAACCACGAGCCGCCUCCUGCGAUGGUGAAGAAGAACGUGCCGGAUUGGCUCAAUAGCUCUCUCUGGUCCACUGCUCCGUCCUCUUCUUCCUCCGACGAUCCCUCCCAACACUACUCUCCUUCCUCCAAGCCGGCUGUUUCCCCCAGGAAGAUAACGAGUGAUUCUAAUUUUGAGCCUCCGAUUCCCGUCCGGCCUCCGACGGUGGCGAGAGAAGAACAACCGCCUCCGCCUCCUUCCCGUUCUCAGAAACCGGAGAUCAAAGAUAGGAAUUCCCGGACCAGUAUUUCCAGUAACGCGAAUAGCAGUAGCAAUAGCAGUAUUGACAAGGAUGAAGAUCGCGAUGGCGAGAAUGGCGCCUCUCCUGCUAGCCCGUCAGCGGAGGAUAUCACGAAGCAGGCUCAGUUAUUGACCGAGUUGUCGAAGAAGGUAGUAAAUGUGAAAGAAUUAAGGAAGAUUGCUUCGCAGGGCUUGCCUGAUGGUGCUGGCAUCCGUUCUACAGUUUGGAAGCUUUUGUUGGGAUAUUUGCCUCCUGAGCGUUCACAGUGGUCAUCAGAAUUGGCUAAGAAGAGGUCCCAAUACAAGAAUUUCAAAGAUGAGCUUCUGAUGAAUCCUUCAGAAAUCACAAGGAAGUUGGAGAAGUCUACCAUUGAUGACGAGCCAAAGUCUGAAAGUCGUUGUGUGCUAUCAAGAUCAGAGAUAACUCAUGAUGAACAUCCUUUGAGCCUUGGGAAAACCAGCAUUUGGAAUCAGUUCUUCCAGGACUCUGAGAUUAUAGAGCAGAUUGACCGAGAUGUGAAACGUACUCAUCCUGAUCUGCACUUCUUCUCUGGAGAUUCAUCUUUUGCAAAUUCUAAUCAGGAAGCUUUGAAGAGCAUAUUGGUUGUGUUUGCUAAAUUAAAUCCUGGCAUCAGAUAUGUUCAGGGGAUGAAUGAGAUUUUGGCACCUUUGUACUACGUAUUCAAAAGUGAUCCUGAUGAGGAAAUGGCAGCCUGUGCUGAAGCAGACACAUUUUUUUGUUUUGUUGAGUUAUUAAGUGGAUUCCGCGACCAUUUCUGCCAGCAAUUGGACAAUAGUGUUGUGGGAAUCCGUUCAACAAUUACAAAGCUAUCCCAGCUUUUGAGGGAGCAUGAUGAAGAACUCUGGCGUCACCUCGAGAUUACAACCAAGGUGAACCCGCAAUUUUAUGCAUUCAGGUGGAUCACCCUCCUGUUGACCCAGGAAUUCAACUUUGCAGAUAGUCUUCAUAUCUGGGACACCCUUCUAAGUGAUCCCGAAGGCCCUCAGGAGACUUUACUUCGGAUAUGCUGCGCGAUGCUUAUUCUGAUAAGAAGGCGGCUCCUAGCAGGGGAUUUCACCUCCAUUCUCAAGCUUCUGCAACACUACCCGCCCACAAACAUCAGACAUUUGCUUUAUGUUGCAAACAAAUUGCGUCCUGUACCCAAUUGCUAAUUGCCGUCAAUCUGGUUUGCCUUCGUUUCCUCUCCUUGGUGUGGUCUCGGUGUAAAUUAGCAACUAACGGACACUCUCUCCUCUAGCUUAUAUGUGAUAGUGAGAUUAGUUCCUUGUUUAUCAUCCUUCCCUUCCCCUAUUGCUUUUUUUGCUUGUCGCUGAAAUGUUGUGUAAACGUCUGCUCAUUUCUACCUAAACUCCCCUCGUUUUGCCUUGUGGUGGAAUAGCUUUUCUACUGACGCCUGCUUUCUCCGUGAUAUUUUUACUGAAUGGUUAAAGGUCGUCCUAAAAACUAACCAUCGUCCUAACUUAAUAUGUAAUUUACCGAAUUGCCCAUUUGAAUUUCAAAAUCAAACACAAAACAAACAACCCAUCCCCUUCCAUAAAUCUAAAAAAAUAUAAACCAAAAUCCAACAAAUUAUCUUAUGGACCGAACAAUAAAUCGUAGUAAAAGAA